UGGCAUUUGACAAAUUAUCACACGCCUAUUUAAAAUUUCCCUCUUUCUUAGAGGAUCCGUAAGCAAUCUCUGUUAUGUUAGUCAUUGUCAACUCAAUAUAUACAACUUUUCUCAAAAUAAUAAUAAUAAGAAAUAAAUAAACUCAAUAUAGACAACUGAUUGCAUGAAGCUCAAGACAAUUAAAUUAGUUUAAUUCAUCUCUCACUCGUCUUUUAUGUAGAAAGGAGGAUAAAUGAUUGGCACAUGGAGGACAGAAGAUUUGGAGUUUGAUUAUUCAAACUGUGAGGUAUUGUUUUCUCUAUGUUCAAACCCAGCCAACCUGUCUCUCCAUUUCAUCCUAAUUUGGCUCUCCUUCCCUAUAUAACCAAACCUGAAGUAGCUUGCUUAGCCUCAUCAAAGCAAGAACCUGCUCUUCUAAUGGAGAAGAGUUUUGGGGUGUUGUUUUUUCUUCUCUUCUUUUCACUCUCUUCUCCAGCCUUCUCCAAGCAUGCCUCUAAUGGCAUAGAUUGGUGGUGCAGCAAAACCACGUACCCUGAGACCUGCAAGUAUUUCUUCAACCAUGGCAGCAAUGCUGCUCCCAAAGAUAUGUCUGAGUUCAAGAAAAUGGUGACCAAAUUCGCCAUGGAGAGAGCUUUGAGAGCCGAGAGCCAUGCUAAGGGUGUUGGUUCCAAGUGCCGAAAUGAGAAGGAAAAGGCUGCUUGGGCUGAUUGCUUGGAGCUCUACCAAAACACCAUCCUUCAGCUCAACCACACUCUAGAUUCCUCCUCUAAAUGUACUGAGUUUGAUAUCCAAACCUGGCUCAGUACCGCCCUAACCAACCUUGAAACGUGCUACACCGGGUUUGCUGAGUUUAAUGUUUCGGACCAUGUAUUGCCGCUGAUCAUGUCGAACAAUGUCACAAAGCUGAUAAGCAACAGCUUGGCGAUUAACAAUGCUUCAGCUUGGCCGGGGAAAGAGACUUAUAAAGAGGGUUUUCCAAGUUGGCUUUUAGGUGGCGACAGGAGGCUACUGCAGUCAUCUUCAGUAAAGACAGACCUUGUCGUGGCUCAGGACGGAUCCGGUGACCAUAGGACAGUUGGAGCGGCUCUAGAGGCAGCUGCAAAAAGGAAGACAGGUGGAAGAUUUGUUAUACAUGUAAAGAGAGGGGUUUACGAAGAAAACCUCGAGAUAGGAAAUAAGAUGAAGAAUAUAAUGCUCGUCGGAGAUGGAAUGAGAUUUACCAUCAUUACUGGUAGUCGAAGUGUUAGAGGAGGCUCCACCACUUUCCAUUCUGCUACUGUUGCGGUGACUGGUGAAGGAUUUAUAGCUCGUGGUAUCACAUUCCGAAACACUGCUGGUCCUGAAAACCAUCAAGCAGUUGCUCUCCGAUCUGGCGCUGAUUUUUCUGUCUUCUACCGCUGUGGCUUUGAAGGGUAUCAGGAUACCCUCUAUGUCCAUUCACAGAGACAAUUCUAUAAAGAGUGUUAUAUUUAUGGCACGGUAGAUUUUAUAUUCGGCAAUGCUGCAGUUGUUCUACAGAACUGCAUGAUUUAUGCAAGGAGGCCAAUGAAUGGUCAGAAGAAUGCAGUCACUGCUCAAGGACGGACUGAUCCAAACCAAAAUACUGGCAUUUCGAUCCACAACUCGCGUGUCAUGGCCACAGAUGACCUAAAACAAGUGGAGAGCACAGUGAAAACCUACUUGGGAAGGCCGUGGAAGGAGUAUUCUCGAACAGUUUUCAUGCAAACUUACCUCGAUAGUUUGGUUGAUCCAGCAGGUUGGUUGGAGUGGGAUGGUGAAUUUGCACUGAAUACUUUAUAUUAUGGAGAGUAUAAGAACAUGGGUCCUGGUUCAUCAACAAGCCAGAGAGUGAAGUGGAGGGGUUACCACAUUGUAACCAAUUCAACAGAGGCAUCAAAGUUCACCGUUCAAAAUUUCAUUGCAGGGCAGUCAUGGCUGCCAGGCACAGAAGUCCCAUUUACUCCUGGACUCUAAAAGAAAGAUUUUCCUCAUUCUUCCCGCAAAAUAAACGUAGCCAAAUCAUUUAAUUCUUUAAUGUGUAUGCAAUUUUAGAAAUUCAAAGUUGAGCCAUAAUCUCAAACAAAAAAAAAUUAUAAGGAGUUUAAUGCCAUCCAAAAAUUCAGGAUAUUUAUACAAAGAUGACUGCAACA